AUGUUGCCCCCACCAAAAAGGCAACCCCCUUUUCCGAAGACGCCGCCCUCAUUACGAGCAACGUCUUCAAGGUAUCGGGUGCAUAGUGCUCCGCCGACUUCUGAAGGCAGAAUACCUUCACGUCUACCUCCAAUUGUGAAGAAUAGGAGUCAGGAGAGGAAUUUAUACAUGGAUAAGCCAUCUACUCCGGAUCCGGAUCAAGUCCGGCGAGUUCUGGAACAACGGAUUGCUCAGGCUCUAUCCGGACCAUCAUCCCAACUGAAACAGCAAAUGAGCAGUGAUGAGAAGCCUACGACGUCUUUUGCCGGGAGAAAGAGAUCAUUGAUACGAUCCGCUGCUAUCGGCUCGGAAGAAAUGCAUCUGGUACCGAUUGACGAUGAGGAAUUGGCAAUGCUACGAAGUAUAAAUCGAUCGAAUUACUCGAAAUCGGGAAGUCGGGAAGGAGGUUGUUCUAGAAUGGAGAGUUCAUUUACUUCGGAUGCGUUGUAUAAACAUGAAUAUGAGGAUAAAUCAUCGGACGAGGAGAUUGAUUUGACAGUGGGAGAGCAGUUGAGGUCUAGGAGGAAGUUGAGCAUGAUUCGACAGGAGGAGCAGGAAGAACUCAACGGCUCCAUAGAUGCGAUGAGCAUUGGCAGUCGGCGAGAAUCCGGAAUUCGGAAUCAAGAGGACCGUCUAACCGGAAUGCGUCACGAAAAAAUGCGCUCCUCAACGAAAUCCGGUGAUAUGGGAGACGAUCAAAUCAGUGGUCUGGUGUAUGAUAAGGAGUUCGACUGUUAUUAUAAUCCAAAUACUGAUCGGUACUAUCGAUUGAAAUCUCAGUCAAAGUCUGGAGAAGGUCUUCUGUUGCAAGAGGAAGUUUAA